AUGAAAAUUAGUCAAACUCAUUAUUUGGAAAAGUUGCUGAAGAAAUUUUCAAUGGAAGACUGCAAGCCAAUAUCGACAUCUAUGGACACCAAAUUUAAUACAGAAAAUAGAGGGACAACCAAUAAACCUUAUCACGAGUUAAUUGGAUGUCUUAUGUAUAUAAUGAUUCAAACAAAACCAGACUUAAGCGUUGCAGUUAAUUUAUUUGGUACUACUGAUGCUGGUCUUAUAUAUACAAAAGGUAAAGAAGUAAGCCCAUUAAGGGGAUUUGUUGAUGCAGAUUUCGCUAAUGACAUCCACGAUAGAAAAUCUACCUCUGGAUACUUAUUUCAAAUAUAUGGAUCUACAGUUUGCUGGUCUACAAGAAAGCAAUCAACAGUAGCACUUUCUUCAACAGCUAAAUAUCUAUCAUUGGCAUCAGCUAUACAAGAGGCUAUGUGGCUCAAAGACUUACUUGUUGAAAUGAGUGUUAUAGGAGCAGAUGAACAUAUUGUUUUGUAUGAAGACAAUCAAUCAUGCAUCAAAAUUGCUAAGAGCCAAGAAAACAUCAAAGACUUAUAUAGAUGA